CCUGCCAGCGCGUGUUCCGAACGCUCCGACACUCGCGCGUGGGAUAACGAAUUGUUAAUUGUUAAAUAAAUAAAUCGCCCCGAUAAUUUGACGGGUAUUUUUCCCGGUUAAAUACACCCCCAGAGAGCACAAACUUCGAACGACGAGAAGACGUUUGUUUCUCUCUCUAGAAUUCACUAUCCCUCCCUCUCUAUCUGUCUGUCUCUCUCUCAGUGACUUUCCGAGUUUCGAGCAAACUUCACUGAGUCGUCUCUUUGACUCGGUCUCCAAUGGAAGUAGUUCAAGCUCAGCGCCUCUCCACCUUCGACCUCCAGUCAAAGCCUCCAUUCCCGUACCCCCUCGGCGAUAUGAGCAUUUCCUCCUCCAACCUCCAUUCUCUGGACUCGCGGAGCUCCGACGUCUCCGAAUCGGAAUCUCCGGCCUCCGGCGAUAGGCAACUCCCCUCCUUCGACGUCGCCGGGAGCUUGACCGGCGAUCACACGCCAGCGAAGGAGACGAUCGAGUCGAGCGCCGCCGCGGUGAAGCUGCAAAAGGCUUAUAGAGGUUAUCGCACGCGGCGGAGGUUGGCCGACUCUGCCAUCGUCGCCGAAGAGCUCUGGUGGCAAGCUCUGGACUUCGCGAGGCUGAAUCACAGUACGAUUUCGUUCUUCAAUUUCUCGAAACCGGAAACCGCGACUUCACGGUGGAAUCGUAUUAGCUUGAAUGCUUCAAAGGUCGGAAAGGGUUUGUCCAAAGACGCCAAAGCACAAAAAUUGGCUUUUCAGCAUUGGAUUGAAGCUAUUGAUCCAAGACAUCGGUACGGUCAUAGCUUGCACAAGUACUAUGAAGAGUGGUGUAAAGCUGAUGCCGGGCAGCCAUUUUUUUACUGGUUGGAUUUAGGAGAUGGGAAAGAGCUCGAUCUCAAAGAGUGUCCAAGAUCAAAGCUUAAACAGCAAUGCAUCAAGUAUCUUGGGCCUAAAGAGAGGGAACAUUAUGAAUACCUCCUUGAAGAUGGGAAAAUCAUUCACAAACAAACUAGAGAUCUUCUUGAUACAAAAAAAAGAUCACAAGGAGCAAAGUGGAUAUUUGUAAUGAGCACUUUCAAGAAACUAUAUGCUGGAGAGAAAAAGAAAGGAACUUUUCAUCAUUCAAGCUUCUUGGCUGGUGGAGCUACAUUAGCUGCUGGGAGACUAGAGGCCGAAAAUGGAACUUUGAAGUCCAUCUCGGCGUAUAGUGGCCAUUAUCGGCCUUCAGAUGACCGUCUUGACAGCUUCCUAUCUUUUCUCAAGGAAAAUGGAGUGAAACUUAAUGAAGUGGAGAUACGCAAGGCAAACGAGGAUUAUGAUUCCUAUGAUGACAGCAAGUUUAAUCGAGCUGCGACUUCGCUUAAAAGUCUAGCAAACUCUGGACCUCCUGAACUUAAAACUCAUGUGGAACAGCAGAAGACCUCAUCCUCCGAAACUACUGAACUUCCCCAGACCGGAACUAAGACCAAUUAUAAGAGGACUUUGUCUGGUGGUCUUCAGAGUCCUAGAGCUGAAGUUCCCAAGAACAAAAUACUGGAAAGAAUCAAUUCCAAGAAGGCGGCAAAAUCAUAUCAGUUAGGAAAUCAGCUCUCCCUCAAGUGGUCAACUGGAGCUGGCCCGAGAAUCGGUUGUGUUGCAGACUACCCUGUAGAAGUGAGAAUGCAGGCGCUCGAAUUCGUUAACCUGUCUCCGAGAACUCCCCCAACACCAUUGUCCUUCCGGCGGCUAGCUGGCCUCGCCUCACCCACAUCUCAUUCCACACCAGAUCCGAACAAUGGAGAUGGAACUUCUGCUGAUUGAGCUUCAUGCGUCGUGGUCAAUUUUGUUGCAUCUUAGAUAAUGAAUGCUUGAAUGAAUGUAAAUAUCUCGGUUGUCCCUUUAUGUCACCUCAACUAUUUAAGGAUGGUUAUAGCGUUAUCUUGUUUACAUCUUAUCAUUAUCAUGUUUCAUAAUCUCUGCUCGUUCUAGUGGGUCCACUCACAUUUCAAUGUAGAACCCCAAAUAUUGGUCCAUUGCUAUGAGAUUCAUCAUCUACUUAUUGUAGGAAA